CGGACAUCAUCACAUACAGUGCAUCUUGAACUGACUUGGUUUUAAAUUCACAUUUAUUUUCAUAAAAUUAGAGCUGGACAUACAAGAGAAAGGAUGGAAGCAAGCAACAAUGGAGCAGGAAAGAGAGCUGAUGAUGAAGCUGACUCUAUAAAUAAAAACAAGACACCAGAUACAACAAAGGAUUCCAAAUCACCCUCCACUGUCAAAGGUCAACCUACAAAUUCCAAAACAGAUCAGGAAAAUGCUAUUAAGCCAAAACUCCAAAUUAUGUUCAACACAUUUACAGUCAAGAAUGGUGAAGAAAUUAAAAUUGAGAUCCCAGUGGUUGGGCAGCCAGCACCAAAGAUUGAAUGGAAAAGAGGAGAUCAGGCAGUCAAAGAAACAUCAAGGCUGAAUAUUUUAAAUACACCUUUGCAAACAGUUCUUCAUAUUAGACAUGCUGCCAGAGAGCACUCUGGUCAGUACUCAAUUGAAGCCAGCAAUAGUGCUGGAAAAUUUAUAGGAGAAAUCAAUGUAGUUGUUCUUGAAAAGCCUGACUCACCAACAGGACCAGUGAAGAUUGACGAGAUUAGUUCUGACUUUGUCACCAUCUCUUGGGAGCCACCAGAAUACACAGGAGGCUGCCAGCUAGACAACUACAUAGUGGAAAAACGUGAAACUACAAGUACAGAAUGGCAGAUUGUGUCAGCAACAACAGUAAGAACCACAAUCAAAGUGACCAAGCUGAAGACUGGAAGUGAAUACCAAUUCAGAGUGUUUGCAGAAAACCGCUAUGGGAAGAGCACAGCAAUUACCUCUCCUAUUGUAAUUGCACAAUAUCCGUUUAGUGUGCCCACUGCUCCCUGUACCCCUUUUGUGUCCACAGUGACUAAGUACAGUAUGGUGGUUGAAUGGGAGCCUCCGGCCAAAGAUGGAGGCAGCCCCAUCAUUGGUUAUCACCUUGAACGCAAAGAAAGGAACAGCAUCUUAUGGACUAAACUGAACAAGCUUGUUAUAUCUGAUACUCGCUUCAAAACAACCGGACUUGAGGAAGGUAUUGAGUAUGAAUUUAGAGUUUAUGCUGAGAAUAUUGCUGGACUCAGUCCAUCAAGCAGGAUAUCUGAAUGCUAUGUUGCAAGAGACCCCUGUGAUCCACCUGGUAAACCUGAAGCUGUUGUUGUUACAAGAGAGAAUAUCACAAUUAAGUGGGCAAAACCAAGGUAUGAUGGUGGAAGCACAAUUACAGGCUAUGUUGUUGAAAAGAAGGAGCUCCCAGAUAACAGAUGGAUGAAGGCAAACUUCACUAAUGUUAUUGAAACAGAGUUUACAGUCACAGGCCUGACAGGAGGUCAGAGUUACGAGUUUAGAGUAACAGCUAAGAAUGGUGCUGGUGUUUGGAGCGCGCCCUCUGAAAGUAUAACAGUAAUUGCUCAGGAUUUAAUUGAAGGGCCCACUGUUAGGAUUGACCCUAAAUUCAAAACCAGUAAUAUUGUUCAGGCUGGUGAGACUUUCAUUAUUGAGGCUGAUUACUUUGGAAAACCCCUCCCUGAAGUUGUAUGGAUGAAAGACGGAAAGGAAAUUGACAAAGUUACACCAAGAAUGGAAGUCAAAACUACCCUCACACAUACAACUCUGACUAUGAGGGACUGCACCCGAGUGGAUGGGGGUCACUUUAUGUUGAGUCUCACUAACAUUGGUGGCACUACAACCACCCCACUUCAUGUGAAGGUUCUGGACAAACCUGGUCCUCCAGAUGGAUCUCUAAAAGUGAAAGUUGUUAGUGCAGAGAAGUGUAAUCUCCAUUGGAACCCCCCUGUAAAUGAUGGUGGUGCCAGCAUUUCCCACUACAUCAUUGAAAAAAGAGAGACCAGUCGUGUCACUUGGACGGGAGUUGACUCUCAAGUUGAAGCUGUCAGUUACAAAGUGACAAAACUGGUGCCUGGAAAAGAAUACAUAUUCAGAAUUGCUGCGGUGAAUAAAUUUGGUGUUGGUGAAUUUCUGGAAUCAGAACCCUUUAUUGCAGAAAAUCCUUUUAAAACACCCAGUGCUCCUUCAACCCCCAUAGUGAGUGCUGUCACUGGAGACUCUAUAGUAUUAACCUGGGAAAGACCUGAGAGUGAUGGAGGCUCAGAAAUUGAUGGCUAUAUCCUUGAGAAACGAGACAAAGAAGGAGUCAGGUGGACUAAAUGCAACAAAAGAAGACUUAAUGACUUGCGUUUCAGAUGCACAGGGCUGACAGAAGGACAUUAUUAUCAGUUUAGAAUAUCAGCAGAAAAUGCUGCUGGCGUGGGUGCACCCAGUGAGCCCAGUGAGUAUAUUAAAGUAUGCGAAGCUACUUACCCACCUGGCCCCCCAACCAACCUCAAAGUGACAGGCCAUUCCAGGAGUACAGUUUCACUUACCUGGUCAAAGCCCAUUUAUGAUGGUGGAGCAGAAAUCAGUGGAUUUGUAGUUGAGAUGAAGGAAACAGCAGAAGAUGAGUGGAUCACAUGCACAUCAAGUACAGGUGUAGAUGACACAAGCUACACAGUUAAAAGACUUAGAGAGAACGCACAGUACAAUUUUCGUGUUUGUGCAAUUAAUGCUUCUGGAACUGGAGAGUAUGCAGAGCUGCCUGAGUCUGUGGUAGCAGCUGAAAAAUUGGAGGCUCCUGAGAUUGAGUUGGAUGCUGCCUUGAGGAAGAUUGUGAAUGUUCGAGUCUGUUCCACAUUACAUUUAUGUGUUAACAUCAGAGGAAAUCCAGAGCCUGAGGUCAAAUGGUCAAAAGAAGGGGGUGUUCUGAGCGAGCGUGCUCAGAUUGAGGUAACAAGUUCCUACACUGUGUUAAUGAUCGAAAAUGUCAAUAGAAAUGACACAGGAAAGUAUGUGUUGAUUGCUGAGAAUUGCAAUGGCUCUAAGUCAGCAUUCAUCAAUGUCAGAGUACUAGACUCCCCCAGUGCACCAACACAGUUAGAGGUGAAGGAUGUAAAACGAGACUCUGUGUCACUUUCUUGGGAGGCACCUGUUAUUGAUGGAGGAUCAAAGAUUUCACACUACAUAGUUGAGAAGCGAGAGGAAGCUAGGAAAGCAUUCACAAGUGUCUGCAGCAAUUGUGUGAGGAACUCAUACAAGAUUGACAAUCUCCAGGAAGGAUGUUUUUAUUAUUUCCGUGUCCUAGCUGUAAAUGAAUAUGGAACUGGACAACCAGCAGAGACCGCUGAGCCUGUUAAAGUGUCUGAGAUUCCUCUACCUCCUGGGAAAAUCACACUCUGUGAUGUUACUGCCAGUAGUGCAAGACUCAGCUGGGAAAAACCUGACCAUGAUGGAGGAAGUAAAAUCACAUGUUAUAUUGUAGAAAUGCAAACUAAAGAAGAGGAAGGAUGGACAACAUGCUCAGAGAGUAGAGCCUUAGAGGUGACAGUUACUGGACUGACAAGAGGAAAGGAAUACUUUUUUAGAGUUUGUGCUGCAAAUGAAAAGGGGAGGAGUGAACCAAAGUCCUUGUUGGCACCUGUUAUUGUCAAGGACAAUAGCACAGGACCUGUUAUCAAUUUGCUGUGUAACACAUUCAGUGUUAAAGCAGGAAAUGAUUUAAAAAUAGACGUUCCAUUCAAAGGUACCCCACAGCCAACAGUAUCAUGGGCGAAGGAUGGCAACAUGCUGAAAGAGACAAGUAGGGUAAAUGUGCUCACAUCAGACACGUCAUCUCAGAUCACUAUCAAAGAUGCAGCCAGGAUAGAUGUUGGUAUCUAUGAAGUGAUAGUGACAAACUCAGUUGGAACUACAUCUGCUGAAAUUAUUGUUAAUGUUUUUGAAAGGCCUGGGCCACCAUGUGAAUUUAAUGUGGAUGAAGUGAGUGCUGACUUUGUGACACUGUCAUGGCAACCACCAAAUUACACAGGUGGAUGUCAAAUCAGCAAUUAUGUUGUUGAGAAGAGAGAUAUAGGGAGCACAGUAUGGCAGACAGUAUCAGCCACAGUUGCAAGAACAUCAAUUAAAAUUUCUCGUCUGACACAGGGCACUGAGUAUCAGUUCCGUAUUGCUGCUGAGAAUCGUUAUGGCAAGAGCCCUUUUGUUGAGUCUGAACCUGUUGUUGCUCAGUAUCCCUUCAAGCCUCCUGGUCCGCCAACUGACCUUCAAGUUGUUAAUGCCACAAAGUCUGUCAUGGUGAUUGCAUGGAGCAAGCCAGAGAGUGAUGGUGGAAGCCCUAUCAUUGGUUACCAUAUUGAAUGCAAGGAUCAGAGCAGUAUUCUAUGGACAAAGUUGAACAGAAGUCCAGUUACAGAAAAACAGUUCAAGGUAACAAGUGUUGAAGAAGGUCUUGUAUAUGAGUACCGGGUCUGUGCUGAGAAUAUAGCUGGUGUUGGACCCUGCAGUAAAGCAUCUGAGCCUGUCGCAGCAAGAGACCAGUGUCAACCCCCACGCAACCUCACAGUCACUAAUAUAACCAAUGAAUCAGUCUCACUCUCAUGGGAUAAACCUGAAUAUGAUGGUGGAGCUAAAAUAACAGGUUAUAUUGUUGAGCGUAAAGAGCUGCCAGAAAGCUGCUGGCUUAAAUGCAACUUCACCAAUUUGCUGGAUACUUUCUUUGAAGUAAGUGGCCUCUCAGAAGGUGAGCAGUACGAUUUUCGUGUUACAGCAAAAAAUUCAGCUGAGCUUUUAAGUGCACCCUCUGAAAAUACUGGACCUAUUACAGUACAGCAUGAUGUAGAGCCACCCAAGAUUACCAUGGAUGACAAAUUUAGACAGGUGGUUGUAGUCAAAGCAGGAGACCUCCUAAGAAUAGAUGCUGACAUCUCUGGCCGCCCAAACCCUACAGUUUCAUGGCUGAAGAAUGGCAGAAUGAUUGGUACCAAGGGAAGAGUUGAGAUGACUAUAACAAAGAUGCAUACAUCUCUACUUAUCAGAGAAUGUGUUAGGAAAGACUCUGGACAGUAUACACUAACAGUACAGAAUACAGGUGGUACUUUAUCUAAAGUUGUCACUUGCAAAGUCCUGGACAGGCCUGGUCCACCUGCUGGACCCCUGCAAGUAUCUGGACUUUCAGCUGAAAAAUGCACCCUAUCAUGGGGACCCCCUCUGGAAAAUGGCGGAGCUGAGAUUAUGAAUUACAUUGUUGAGAAAUGUGAAACAAGCCGUGUAUCAUGGACUCUUGUAUAUGGUGACAUGAUGGCAACUACUUGCAAAGUCACAAAGCUGCUCAAAGGAAAUGAAUAUUUGUUUAGGGUGAGGGCAGUGAACAUUUAUGGAGAGGGUGAAACUUUGGAGAGUGAACCGAUCAAGGCAAUGGAUCCUUACACUGUCCCAUCUGCUCCAACUGAUGUUGAAGUCACAAGUGCAACUGCAGAUUCCAUGACCAUCUGCUGGAAGAGACCCGACUCUGAUGGCGGUAGCCGAAUCAGUGGUUACAUCAUUGAGAAUAGGGAGAAGCAAGGCAUUCGCUGGAAACGUGUGAACAAGAAGGCUGUCUAUGACUUGCGGGUUAAAGCGUCUGGCCUUCAUGAGGGGUGUGAAUAUGAGUUCAGAGUCUUUGCUGAGAAUGCUGCUGGGCUUAGUGAACCCAGUAACCCAUGCCCAUUAACCCUGGCAGAGGAUCCCAAGUUUCUACCUUCUCCUCCUGCAAAGCCCACCAUAAUAGAUUCGUCAAAGUCCUCCAUAACGUUGUCAUGGAACAAGCCACUGUUUGAUGGUGGAGCUGCCAUCACUGGGUACAAAGUAGAAUUCAGGAAAUCCACAGAGGAAGACUGGACAGUUGGUGUUAACAAUACAGAUAAAACUGAUUUUACUGUAAAUGGACUCACAUCUGGGAUUGAAUAUGUGUUUAUUGUCAGAUCCAUAAACAAGAUAGGCAUCAGUGAGCCCAGUCCUGAAACAGAUGCCCAAGUUGCCAUGGACAGAGAGGAGGAACCCAGGUUUGACAUUAGUCCUGAGAUGAGAAAGACUCUGCUGGUUAAAGACGGUGGCUCUUUUACUCUGACUUUACCUUUUACUGGCAAACCUGUUCCCAAUGUGACAUGGGAAAAAGCAAAUGUGGAUCUGAGAGUCAGGGGACUGAUUAACACCACCAGCUCUGUUACUUCUAUCACAGUAGAAGGGGCAACACGGGACGACUCAGGCAAAUACAUGGUCAAGCUGCGAAAUGUUGCUGGAAAUGCAUCUUUGACCCUGAAUGUGAGAGUUCUGGAUUCACCUGGUCCUCCAACUCACAUAGUGGUUAAGGAUGUGACCAAAAAUUCUGCCACUGUUACUUGGGACAUCCCUGAGAAUGAGGGAGGGGCUCCGGUCAAGAACUACUAUGUGGACAUUCGGGACAUCAGCAGAACAGGAUGGACAAGACUUACUGACAAAUGCCACCGGCUGUCGUAUAGAGUGUCAGACCUGGAGGAGGGAGGAAUCUACUUCUUCAGAAUCACUGGUGAAAAUGAGUAUGGGAUAGGUGUCCCAGCAGAGACCAAAGAAGGAACCAAAAUGAGAGAUACAACAGAGUGGGACACAAAUCCAGGAGCUUAGUUUGUUUCCUUCCAACUGCUGAGUUACUCCACUCCUGAGCUUCCUGAAUGAGAUCAUCUAUAUCCAGUUUUGUUCAAUGCUUUUCUAGGGAUAUAAAUAUAAGGAUUUUUCUUUUUUUUUUUAAAUGUUCAUUUGUAGCAUCAAUUAUUCAGUGCCCUGUGAAUGAUCAUCCAAAACUUCUUUUGUAGUUGUAUUACUGUUUUUUUCCUUACCAUUUGUAUGCAACUAGUCUAAUUUCUGAGAUUGAUUUCUGCACUAGAUUCAUUUUUUUCUUGUUCAAAAUAAAAAUUACAUUGCUAGAAAUGUAUAAUAAACACUUUAUUAGAUGUGUACUUACUACACAUACUUUUGAUUUAUCAUUUAUUUUAAUUAUAUUACUCAAGUUUCCCUUUUUUAUAUAUUAUCACAUACAAUCUACUAUGUUAAAUCAUUUUUCAUUUGAAAUAGUUGUGGCUGUGUAUUGCUGGAAGUUUUGCAAUAAGCUAUUAAAAGAAGCUGACUUAAAGGCAGACUAUUUUCAUUAACACUGUAAACAUUUUUCAGGAAGAGUCCUGAAUACAUUUCACAUUUUGGAUUCCAAAUUGAACAAAUAGAAGAGUAGAAAGGGUCUCAAUAGAUCAAAAUUAAACAGCCAGAAACAAGUCAGAGGCACACUGAUACAAAAAUAAAAGUGCUUCAUUAGCCAUUGGGACACCAUCACUUGCAUGUUUCAACUAUGCACUCUUCAACAGGGCAUAGAUUGAUCCUUUGUGCCUUUUUGUUGAUAAUGAGUAUCUUUAUUUUCACACUAAACAUCAACCUUUAACUUUUUUAAAUAGUAAUUUAUAGUGACAUAUACUUUGUGUUUUCUGUAAAAAAAAAAUUAAGGCACAAAUGACCAAAACAGUGGAAGAAUUUAAUAGCACAGACCAUGAUGAAACUUACACCACAUGCUUGGAUGGGUUUGUUAUGUCCUGUUAUACUUGGGCAAAGUGUAAAAAUAAAAUCCUGCCUGUCAGUGUCUAAUUAUUGCCAUGUGUCAGGAUAAUUAUUAAAGGGGUUUUCCUUGCGUCAGUUUUGAGAAUAUACAUGCACAAGUUAUUACCACUGAUGGAAUGUGAUUUAAAUAUGGGAAUGGUAUUCCUACAAACAAUACAGUCACAAACCUAGA